UGCGCGUCUGCGCGUGCGCCACCCGCCUGGGUCUGCGCGUGCGCGUGGUGGCAACCUUCUUGACCGCAGGCUUCCUCCCGCGUUGAAGGAUCUUCAAGGCUUUUUAUGUCUUCAUGAGGCAAAAUCAGAAGAAGAAAAUAUGGUGACUGAGUGGCUGACAAAUCAUUCUCAGGACUUAGUGUCCUUUGAGGAUAUGAACUUGACCCAGGAGGAAUGGACUUUGCUGGACCAAACUCAGAGAAACUUAUACAGAGAUGCGAUGCUAAAGAACUACAAGAAUCUAAUUCCAUUUGAGCAGGGAACCAGCCACGUAGACCUGGUCUGACUUUUCAUGUGGUACAAGAAGAGCUGAGGACAAUGGAGAAAGUUCUCCAAGCUCUGUUUGCUUAGGACCAUGUCCAGCUAGGGCAGAAAUAUCCAAGAGAAAGAAUGGCUGCAGGAUUGCUGCCAGCUUGGUCACAGAAUUCAGUGACCUUCCAGGAAGUGGCAGUGGACUUCUCUCAGGAAGAGUGGGCAUUGCUGGACCCUGCUCAAAAAAUUUUAUACAGAGAUGUGAUGCUGGAGAACUUUAGGAACCUGGCCUCAGUGGGGUAUCAGCUCUGCAAACACAGUCUCAUCUCCGAGGUAGAACAAGAAGAGCUGAGGACAGAGGAGAAAGGAAUAUUCCAAAGCACCUUUGAAGACUGGGAAACUCAACUAAAAGAUUCAAUUCCUGUGCAGAAUGUUCCUGGGAAUACAACAUCCAAUGGCAUAAAAAUGAAAUGUGUCAGAACUCACACUAAAGAGAAACUCUAUGAGUGCAGUGACUGUGGAAAAGCCUUCAUUUUUCAGUCCUCCCUGAAGAAACAUAUGAGAUCCCACACUGGAGAGAAACCUUACGAGUGUAAUCAUUGUGGGAAAUCCUUCAGCCAGAGCUCUCAUCUCAAUGUGCACAAAAGAACUCACACUGGAGAGAAACCCUAUGAUUGUAAGGAGUGUGGGAAGGCCUUCACUGUUCCUUCAUCCCUUCAAAAACAUGUGAGAACCCACACUGGAGAGAAACCUUAUGAAUGCACUGACUGUGGAAAAGCUUUCAUUGAUCAGUCAUCCCUUAAGAAACACACACGGUCUCACACUGGAGAAAAACCAUAUGAGUGUAAUCAGUGUGGAAAAUCCUUCAGCACAGGCUCUUAUCUUAUUGUGCACAGAAGAACUCACACUGGAGAGAAAACCUAUGAGUGUAAAGAAUGUGGGAAGGCCUUUAGGAAUUCCUCUUGCCUGAGGGUACAUGUGAGAACACACACUGGAGAGAAGCCCUAUAAAUGCAUGCAGUGUGGGAAAGCCUUCAGCACAAGCACUAACCUUAUAAUGCACAAGCGAAUACAUACAGGACAGAAAGUCUGUGAAUGAAAUGACUUUUGAGGAGGUUAUGUUGUCCUGCAUGUCUCAUUCCUCAUUCUAGAACUCACUGGAGAGAAAUUGUAUUGUAAACCAUGUGGAAAAAGUAUUGAGGCACAAUUCU